AUGCUGCUGAGCAGCUCGGCAACCAGCAGUGAGACAAGGACAAGUAGCACCACAGUCAGCAUGACGGAAGGCAGCGCCGUGACUGUAGUGAGCAGUUCAGCGACCAGUCGCACGACGCAGAGCAGCACCGCGACUACGGGAAGUUUCAGCACCACGGCUACCUCCACAGGGACCAGCACCAGUACUGAAACCACACGGACGAGUACGGCAUCCACAGGCACAAGGACGGUGACUAGCACGACGGGCACGAGCACCUCAACGCCGACAAUUGCAACGGUCACGAGCACCCCUACGUCAAGCAGGACAGAAACCGUGGCGACGAGCACGCCAACCACCACCUCAGAACUCAGCAGCGCCACGCCCACCAGCAGCUCGUGGAGCAGCUCCGCCACGCUGCUGAGCAGCUCUGGCACCAGCGGCACGACGCGGAGCAAUAGCGCGACCACGGGAAGCUUCAGCACGACGGCUACCUCCUCAGGGACGAGCACUGUGACGCCCGUGAGCACCACGGCCACCCAUUCGGCGAGCAGCACCGCGACGCGGGCGAGCAGCUCCGAGACCAGCGGCAGUGCCACGACGGGAAGCUUCAGUGCGACCGCGACGGCGACGGGCACCGCCACGGCGACCUUGACGAGCACCUCGGCCACGUCCACCACGACGUCGGAGAGCCACACGGUGCACAGCACCACUGUGACGCCCACGCGGGCGAGCCUCGUCAGCGGUUCUCUGGGCCUCGAGGUCGACGACCCGGCCGCCUUCAUCCAGGACCCGGCGGCUCGCGCCGCCGUGGGCAGCACGAUCGCGGGCGUGGCUGGCGUGCCCCCCAGCACCGUCGGCGUCGACAUGUCCUUGGGCCGCCGCCGGCUGUCGAGGUUGCUGGCCGCGACCCCGCGCCGCACGGCGGGGAGCGUCACGGUGACGUACGAGAUCCUCGCGGCGGACGGGGACGAGGCCAGCGGCCUGGUCAGCGGCAUCACCCAGGCGACAACCGGCAGCAGGGGCGCACGGCUUGCCGCAGGGCUGGGACAGCGCUGGGGUGUCCGCCAACGUGACGGUCAGCAGCAUCUCGGCCCCCACCGUGACGAUAGUCACCUUGACCACCACAGGAACCAUGACCGCGACCACCACGACCGCGGAGCCUCCGCGCGCGCGCAUCGCCGGGCCCUCCGAGGUCGGCCAAGACUGCGGCCUGGUGCUGGACGGCUCGGGCUCGUCCGGCGCGGGGGGCGCGCUGGAGUACGAGUGGGCCUGCGCUGCCGAGGCGCAGGCCCUGUGCUCGGGCCUCGCGAACUUCCUGCCUGGGCAGGCCGAGCUCCUCGACGGCUCCGGGGCGGCGGGGCCCGUGCUGGCGGUGGGCGGCGGGCAGCUGCAGGAGGGCGUGUACAACUUCAGCCUCACCGUCCGCCGCGCUGGCGCCGGCGGCGCGGCGCACGCGGCCACCGUCGCCGUGAGGGUGAGCAG